ACACAUAACAGACGUUGAACUUUGUACUUUUAGUGAAAUUUGGUGUUCGGCAACAACUCACCUGGCGUGCCUUUUCCUCUGUUAAGUAACGCAUGCAAGACCUUUUGUAACUUUUGCUGCAACCGGUCCAGCUGUCGGCAAGCAACACGCAACAGAGAAUGCUUGCGAGAGGAUGGCUGACAAUACUCACACGGGGUGUUAUUCUUAGACAAAGGAUGGGGAAUUUGUCAUCAACAACACCCAGCGGUCUGGGCGCUUCGAGUACUGACUUUGUACAGGAUGUGGUGUCUCAAAACUGUGUGGUGAUAUUCUCAAAGACAUCAUGUCCAUAUUGCAAGAUGGCCAAGAACGUCUUCAAUGAAAUCGGCGCCACGUACAAAGUCAUCGAGUUGGACCAACACAGUGAAGGCAGGCAGCUUCAGGAGGCUUUGGCACAGAUGACCGGGGCUAAGACGGUCCCACGUGUCUUCAUAAACGGCCAGUGUAUCGGCGGCGGUUCGGACACCAGAGAGCUUCACCAGCAGGGGAAGUUGCGGCCACUCAUUGAGAAGUGCGCCCCCUGCUGUGCUGAAGAGGGAUCUGCAGGCUCUGGACAUGGCAGCGCAUAGCAACACAGCAUGCUGACGCUCUCCCUCUCAAGCUCUCCACAACAACAAGAAAGUAUUCACCCUCUCCAGUGAUGUGGUUCCUCUACGGACAGAGCAAUUAUUCAUCAUCACAUCUCUCUCUCUCUCUCUCUCUGUUUGUCUUUUUAAUUUUAAAUCUUGUAUGUAUGUAUUUAUUUCAUUGUAAUGCAUGCGGAUAGCCUACCUCAUGAAUAAGAAAUGUACAGCUGUAUCAUAGUACAUGUGUCUCUGUCUCUGGCAGGUUGAUUUGUGUAUCACAUGUUGUGUUGUCCCACUCCCACAUGUGUCAGUGACAUGUCUGGCCAACAACUGACUUUGUACCGAUACGAAGAUUGAUGUUUUCAUUUUAUAUGAUGUACAAUAAAUGUGUUGAUGCAUUUCA